UUGAGGUUCAUAAUGGCUACUUCCACUACUCUCCAAUAUUUCUUCCUCCUCUGUCUACUUCUUUUCUCAGUUUCACCCACCCUAUCAAAUGAUGAAUUCCCUGAAACCGGUUUUAUCACCCUUCCUGUUAAGAAGGACUCAGCCACCCUUCAGUACUACACUUCAAUUGGCAUAGGAACUCCUCAAAAUAACAUGAACCUAGCCAUUGAUCUUUCAGGUAAAUUCCUAUGGUACGAUUGUGACACUCAUUAUGAUUCAUCAUCUUACCUUCCUGUCCCCUGUGACUCCCAAACCUGCCCUCAAAACUCCCCUUGCACUGAAUGCAAUGGUUUCCCUCCUAAGCCAGGCUGCACCAACAACACUUGUGGUCUUGGCAUCACAAACCCCUUCGCCGACACGGUUUUCUCCGGCGACAUGGGUGAAGAUCUCUUACACAUGCCCCCCAUAACAGUCCCUCGCUCCUUCAUUUCCGGCUGUGCAGACUCUGAUAGAUUCACCACCCCACUUCUCUCUGGCCUUGCCAAUGGCACCAAAGGGAUCCUUGGCCUUGCAAGGUCACAUAUUUUUUCUUUACCAAAUCAAAUCUCAUCCUCAUACAAUGUUCCUCCUAAGUUCACCCUUUGCUUACCUUCUAACAACGAAGGCACUGGGAAGAUCUUCAUUACUAGGAGACCAUUUUCACCUGACCCUGUUACACAAAUUGGACUAUCUGCCAAUUCCCAAGAUGAAUCUACUACAUCUUAAAAGAGAGUCAUAAAAUCACUAUUCCUAAGAGAACUUUUAAUUUUGGCCAUUAAUUUCAAUUUCAAUCUCAAGUCUCAACCGUUGGAUCAUCUUUUUCUGGUUCUUUUUUUAUUUAUCCUAAUUUCGUUUUUGCCUUGCAUUAUUUUAAUGGGCUCUAGCCCAAGUCCAGUACCUACACCCAUCCAACACGACAACACAGCUCUGUCUUUCAGUCUUUCUCCAUCGUCUCGCAUCAUCAGCCUUCUUCUCUUUCAUUCCGUCAUCUCGCUUCCAACCCAUCAAACACGGCAACUCAGCUCAGCCUUUCUCAACCAUCUCCAUCAUCUCGCAUCAUCAACACAGCCCAGAGAGUUGUUCAUGAAGUGGGUUAGGUUUUUAUUUCCUUCUGCACGCCACAUUCAUCUCCCUGGCACCGCCGAUCAACCAUGGUGACGGAGAAUAUCAUCAUCUUCUUUGAUUUUUAGUCAGUGUUUAGGUGAGUUUUAGAAAGAUUAUUUCAGAUGAAGAUGGAAGGGUGCGUUCUUUCGUGUUUGGUGAGGGCCAGAGUGAGAAGCCAAGAUCAUGGCAGACAGAUUUCGUCAUCCAUGAGCCGGUUCAUGUCAGUCGAGCAUUGUACUGCAGGAAAUGGUGGAGCCAAUUGUGUAAUUACAGGUUAGCUUCUUUUAUACCAUUCUUCACGUUUCCCAAUUCCAAUAGCAUGACAUACUCCAUUGAUCAUUCAAAUAGCUACCCUAUUAAGAUUUAAAUUACCUCCUACUGGUUAUAGGGUAUAGAGUAAUGGGAUUUUCCCUUCUCAAUCUCUAUAAAUACUUCCCAUCUUUUUGUUGUUGAUUCCAGUUAUAGUGAUACUCAUACUGAUGUCUUUUAUGGCUGGACCUGUGAAUCCCCUCCGCAGCAGCGUAUGCCUUGCCAGAGAUACAUGGAAAGUGAUUCCUCAAGACCAUAU